GAAGAUGAUAAUAAACCGAGAGGAUUUGAUCGUGGUUUACAACCGGAAAGAAUUAUUGGUGCUACAGACAGUAGUGGAGAAUUAAUGUUUUUAAUGAAAUGGAAAGACAGUGAUGAGGCUGAUUUAGUACCUGCCCGUCAAGCCAAUGUGAAAUGUCCUCAGAUUGUCAUCGCAUUUUACGAAGAACGUCUAACGUGGCAUACACAUAAUGAUAACGAUGAUGAUGAAAAAGGCAAAGAUGAUAAAUAA